AUGUGCUUAUAUAGUAAAAAUGAAGUUAGUAGAUUUUUAAAUUUACCAAAAAAAAAUUUUAAUUGUAUAUGUAAAAAUAUUUCUAAAACAAGAAAUAUUUGUGAAAGAUUAAAAUAUUUAUUUUUUAAUCAUUCUAAUGAUAAAAUAAUUUUGGAUUAUGAUAUUAAUAACAAAACUAGUUUGUUUUUGAAAAAAUUUAAUUUAUCAAUACAUAAUAAUGAAAAAAGAAUAUUUAAAAAAAAUAAGAAGAGAUCACCAAUUAAUUAUCAAAUUCAAGAAUUAAAAGUACAACUUAAUAAUGAAUUAAAAAGAUUUAAUUCUAUAUCACAACCAAUUCAACCACAGAUAUCUUGUGAUUAUGCAUUAAAUGAGAUAUGUCUUAAACAUAUUGCAUGCCACCAAUUAUGGAAUAUUUUUAGAAGAUCUUGUGUAGUUGAUGCUCAAAAUAAUUGUAGAAUGACAUCUCUUGCACAUUGUUGGCAAUCAUAUGAAGGUAUCAGUUGGACAGGUUUAGGUAAUUGUACAUGUUAUAAUAAAAAUUCAGAUUGCCAUUGGAUACGUCUACAAACAAAUUAUAAUAAAUGUAUAUCUGAAAUUCAUAAUCGUAGUAUGAUAAAUGUAAUUGAAGAAAAAAGAUCAUUCACAACAAUGUCUCCAAAAAUAUUAUAUACAACACCUGUAUCUUUAAAUAAUAGAAAUAAUCAACAUAGCAUAGAAAAAACUGUUUCAAAUAAUAGUAAACAUUUAGAAGCAAAUAUGGAUCAAUUUGAUUAUUAUAGAAAUUUUAGUAAUAAUAGACAAGCAGUUUCAACAUUUACUCCAACUAAAAUGAUUUUUCAACAGCCAUUCUUUAACUACGAAACUUAUAAAAAUCAAACAACUGAUCACAAGAUACUUUAUAAUAAUAAAAAUUAUAAUAAUAGAAGAAAUUUGAGUAGAAUAAUGAAUGUUGAUAAAAAUAGUAUGUAUCAAAAUGUUACUUUUUCAGAUAAACCACAUCAACUAUUACACGUUUUAAAUAGUAAUAAUUCAAACGUUUAUUUAAUGAAUAAUACCACUACAUUAAAACCAAAUAAAUUAGUACCAAAUUAUUUAAAAAAAAUUAGCAAUAAUUCAAACACCUUGUAUAACAAAUCAAAAGAUGUUGAAAUAAAAGAAAACAUAACACAAUUAUCAGUUAAUAGAAUAAAUAUUAAUUAUCAAAAUGAAUUAAGAAACAUAAGAAUAAAUGGAGAAAAAAGUAUUCCAUUACAAUUUAAAAAUUAUAUUUAUCCAAAUGUAUCAUAUAAUAAUAGUGAAAAAAAAAUAUUAAAUAUUUCAACAAAUGAUAACAAAAAAAAUGAAAUACAUGGUAAAAUUUAUGGUACAUCAUCAUAUUCAUAUUUAUCGUUAACUACAACAUCACAAAGUAUACUGUCUAUUUCAAGAAAUGAAAAUAUUCAUCAAAUAAACUCAUCCUUAAAUGAUAGAAAAAAAUUAUUUAAUAUGAAUAAUAAUACGGAAACUAAAACUAAUAAUAAAAUAUAUUCACUUUCAAGUAUAAAAGAAAAGAAAAUAAUUAAACAAAAUUACUUAACAAAAAAUAAUGAAAAAGAAGAAAUAAAUAAUACACCAUAUUAUAAAAAAAUAUCAUUGCUUUCAAUGGAAGAAGAAAAAAAGAAUAAAAAUUAUAAAAGUUCUAGUAAUAAUAUAGAUAAUUUAGAGAAAAUGAAUUUAAAGGAAGAGAAUAAAUUAAGUAAAAAAAAUAAUCAAGUGAAAACAUAUUUUAAUAAUAUUACUACAUUUCCUAAUAAUCUACCGGCAAAAUUAAGUAGUUGUCAAGAUGCUUUCCAACUUUGUACUCAAGAUGAAAACUGCCAGUGGCUUUUGAGUUCUGUUGAAAUGAAAUGUAAAUCAGGAAAUAAUAAUAAUGAAAGUAGUUGUAAUAGACAACAAUGUGCAAAAGCAAUAAAAAAUUUUGCCACUUCUCGUCAACGUGGAAUUGUUGAAGCAAUGAUGUUUUGUCAAUGUGCUCCAAAUGAUAGUGAAUGUGAAUUAUUACAACAAUUGAUGUAUCCCUCUUGUUUGUAUAAUUUAAAUAAUUCAAUGCCAAAUUGUAAAGAUGUAAUAUCAAAUUGUUUAAAAGAUAGAAGUUGCAAACAUUUAUCAAAAAGUUACUUUCAUAGUUGUGCUGUGUCUAAUGGAAGUUGUAAACCGGGUACUUAUCAAAUGAAUGGAUGUAGACAAGCAGUCAUUAAAUUAAGAGGAUCUGUCAUUGAUACUUUAUGUCAUUGUGAAGAAGGAGAUAUUAAAUGUUGGAAUCAUCGAAUUGAAUUAAUACCAUUAAAUCCGUGCUUACAAAAAGCAAAAGAUGAUUAUGCUAUGAAAGGACUUAUGCCAACAAAACCUUCUAUUAUUCAUCACGAUAUUCAUAUGUCUUUUAAAAAUAAAGAUAAAAUUUCUAAUGAAACAGAAAAAUCAAAUUUGUCUGGAACAGUAAAUUUGGCAACAUCUACUAUGAAAAAUGAAACAAUUAUAAAAAAUAAAAUCUUAAUUGAUAAUAAAAAUAAUUUAAAUACUUCAUAUAUUUCAACAAAAACAAGUAAUGAAAAUACGGGAAAAAGAAUGUACGAUAAUUUUACAUUACCUACGGGAGAAUAUCAUACACAAGAACCACCAUCAAUGGAAUUAGGAUGUCGAAUGAGAAAUUUUAAUGGAGAUUGGAUUGAAGUUUUUAAAGGUACAAUAUUUCGUCAAUAUACUGAUUGGUAUGGACUUUGUUCUAAUUGGUGUGAAUGUUUAGGUAAUAAUACACAAAUUUGUAAAGAAUUACCAUGUCUUGAGGAUAAUGUUUGUAUUAAUGGAAAUAAUGUAAUGAAUUUUGGUGAAAAAUUAUAUAUUAAAGGAAGAGGUGCAUGUACAUGUCAUAUGGGUAAUUUUAUAUGUGAUACUCCCAGAGAUUUUAAUAUUGAUUUUCAACCUGGUUUAUAUAUAAUAGCUGGUUUUUCAAAGUAUGAAUUACAAAUGUUUAAAGAAAAUGUACCACUUGAAAUUUUAGAAAAGUCUGGUCUCGUUAGUGAUGAAAAAAUGUUAGCAAAAGAUAUAGCUAGUCGUUUACAAUAUUCAUUGGAAAGAAUUAUGCCAACAGGUACAAUGUGUAGGAUAAUAAUUGUAGAAGAAUAUUUAAAAGAUGAAAUAGUAAUUUUAAGAUUACAAUGGUAUGGAAUGAAUAUAUAUAAUAAAAAUGAUACUGAAUUUGGUUGGCAUGUUGGAAAUUUAGAAAAAGUAUGUUCUCCAUAUGUUAAACAAGUAGCUAGAAAUUUUUUACUUAAUAUGGCUGAAAGAUAUCAAUUAGUGUUGUCAUCAGUUAAACAAAUACGAGUAAUAGACUUGUUAAAUGAAUUGCCUUCUGUUUCUUCAGGAACUGUUAUGUCAAAAAACUUUAAUGUCGUCAUUUUUUUUAAUUUUGUUUUAAUAUCAAUUAUUGUUAAACACAUUUUUACAUGA